AUGGUCGGUCAGACUUGUCUUGUCUCCACAGCUAACUUGGCCACCACAGAUAUAAUAUUUCUUGUGUGCUGUGUACCCAUCACUGCUGCCUUGUACCCCCUUCCUGGAUGGAUAUUUGGUGAAUUCAUGUGCAAAUUUGUAAACUAUAUCCAGCAGGUGUCUGUGCAAGCUACCUGUGUGACCUUGACUGCUAUGAGUGUGGAUCGUUGGUAUGUGACAGUUUAUCCCUUGCGAUCGUUGCGUCAGAGGACUCCCCGUGUGGCUGCAACUGUCAGCCUCGGAAUCUGGAUUGGCUCUUUUAUUGUAUCUAUCCCAGUCCCUAUUUAUAACCAGCUCAUAGAAGGCUAUUGGUUUGGACCGCAAAUGUACUGCAUUGAAUUGUUUCCAUCAGUUUAUCACGAGAAAGCGUUUAUCCUUUACAACUUUCUUGCGGUAUAUAUGCUCCCAUUGCUCACUAUAUGCAUCUGUUACUCUGCCAUGGUCUAUCAGAUGGGAAGGCCUUCUGUAGAGCCUGUUGACAACAGUUACCAGGUGCAGUUACUGGCUGAGCGCUCUGAGCAAAUGCGGACCAAGGUUUCACGCAUGGUGGCUGUUAUUGUACUUCUCUUCACUUUCUGUUGGGGUCCUAUUCAGCUCUACAUUCUUCUUCAGGCAUUUAGUCCCACUUUCAAACGUGAUUAUUACACUUAUAAGGUGAAGAUAUGGGCCCACUGCAUGUCCUACACCAAUUCCUCAAUCAACCCCAUCGUCUACGCAUUCAUGGGUGCCAACUUUCGCAAAGCCUUUAAUAAAGUUUUUCCUUUCCUCUUUAAGCAGCGAGUGGGCAGUGUUGGGGUAGCUGCUCCUAAUGCCAACACUGAGAUGCACUUUGUUUCCUCAGGAACAUAGAAGCCUAAAAAUUAGUUUAAAUAAGAAGUUCAGGAUACAGAAAGAGAAA